AUGUGGGGAGAUCACGUCGUCUUGAUUGCUCACCUCGAGGAGGGUGAUUUUAUUGCAGACGUCGGCCUGGGGGAGGGUUCCCGAUCUCCCGUGCGCCUCGAAGAUUCGGCCUGGACGGAGGAUGGCUUCGAAUUUUCACUCCAAGGUCGAUCUGGAGGAGAGUGGCGGUUUGAGAACCCGAUCAAUGCUACAGGCUGUUUGCCUGGCUUUACUUUUGACAUGAGCACGUGUGCUCCGAACUUCGAGGAGUUCGAUGCGUUUCACGAGUUUUACUGGUCCCACCCGGACUCCAACUAUGUCCAGAGCCCUGUGUUCUUCCAUCGGAAGACCAAGGGACGAGGAAUACUCUCCAUGCACGCCUGCACCCUCCGGCGCACCCAUCCGGAAUUGCCAGGCGGCAAGGAGGUCCUGGCCGUAGCCAGCUCCAAAGAAGAGUGGUUUCGCAUAGUCAACGACGUGUUUUUCCUACCUUUGGACGACCUCGACGAACACGAAAAGCUGAGAUUGUGGGAGUUGGUUUCGAAGCAGCACCGCAUCUUCGCAGAGCAGAAGUCGUGA